GUUCAGGACCUUUAGGCUAAUUUAAAUUACAACACGUUCGAAAGUCAAGAUCACUUGCUUUGCACAAAGGUGUUGUUGAAAGGCAACUUAAAAAACAAAAGCCGGAGGGGAAACCUUUUUGAGGAUGACGGCAAACCCCACGUCAUUGUUUUUGGUUCUGUUUCUCUGCUUUGGCUUUCCAUGGGCGAGAUAUGCUGUCGAAGCCAGGAUAGCUCUGGACCAAGAUGCAAUUGAAGGAGGCGGAUUUGAUCAAGGAAACAGUCAACAACUACGUCUCGGCGUAGGCAGUUCCAAGCCCCAUUGUGCACCGGAAUGCAUAGACACAAUACCUGUAGGUCCGCAUUCCUGUCAUCCCAAUCCUUGUCGGAAUGGGGGAAUAUGUACCUCCCUACGCCGACAUCGACGUCUCACAAUGAAGGUGCCAGAUGGGCUUUGGUUUAACAAGUACCAUUGUAAAUGUCCAUCGGAGUUUACUGGUAAAAACUGCGAACAAAAUCUUUCUGUGUGCAAAUUCAAUCAUUGUUUGAAUGGAGGAACGUGUCAAGCCCUGUAUCGAAGGAGUCCUUCCUCCUUCCCGAAUAAAAGUGACAAGAAACGUGCGAUCCCUGAAGAUUUUAUCCCCUCCUGGUACUGUGAGUGUCCACCCAAGUAUACUGGUAUGCGCUGCGAACAGGUCGUAGAUCCAUGCAUCCCAAACCCUUGCCAAAAUGGAGGGUCAUGUUCGAGUCAAGGAUCCACGUUUAGCUGUGGCUGCAGAUCUCAAUAUACUGGAAGACGUUGCGAGAUCCUGAAUGGUGCAUGUGCGCAGAAACCUUGCCAGAAUGGAGGAACAUGUUACUCCCUUGGAAACAAGAUGCACUUUUGUUUCUGUAAACCUCAGUUCACUGGAAGAAGUUGCGAGAAAGUAAAUUGCAACGCUCGGCCAUGCAGGAAUGGAGGGACAUGCCUCAGUGUAGAAAGGAGAUCAUUCUGCAAGUGUCCAGCUGGAAUUACUGGGGAUCUUUGCGAAGGCGAGAUCCCAGUUGUUACAAAAGAUCCACAAGACUCCAUUCGAAUGGAGGGUGAUGGCAUAACACUUUGUUGCCAGGCGACAGGGAAACCUACUCCUGUGUAUGAAUGGUUUCACAACGGUGCACCCCUACUGCACCAGUUACGAAAUAGAAACCUACGUCUGUCUAGAUUGUCUUCACGUGAUUCUGGUUCAUAUCAAUGUCGUGCAAAAAACAAGUUUGGGGCAACAGUAUCCAACGAAGCGACGCUGACAGUUGUGCCUGGUAAUCGCGAAGACUCAUGCAACCCCACCCCACUGACAGAAGUUGUGUCAUUGCCUGAAGGAUGCACAGAAGAUACCAGUGGGAGUAACAGCGUCAAUGUUGGUACUUGUUCUAACGAAGCAUGCGUAAAGCGUAACCAACGUCAUGCUGGAAGCUGUGGAGGACACGACUCCACUCGACAAUGCUGUAGCCCAGCUUCUAUGUCUGACAGCCGCGUGAGUUGCAAAAGCGGUAUAAAGUUCAACAUUCAGAAAGUCUCUAAAUGCGCAUGUGCAGACUGUGCUGUCUCAAAAAUUGUUGUUCGAGGUAAAGUGGUCGAUCCGAUGGGAAAUCCCCUGUGGCGUGGCGAGAUGACUGUGAGCAAUGACGUUGGUAGCCGAUACUAUACGGAUAGGCGAGGAAAUUUUAAAAUUCUGGUCAAGUCAGGAACCAAGCGAAUAGUAUUAACGGUAAAAGACAAUUUUCAAGGACUGCUCGAAGAUACAACGAAAGUUUUCGAACUUCAUGAGGGGCAAGUGUCUUUUUAUACCAUUGUUCUUCAAAAGAAACCGCCGGUGAUCAAAUUCCCAGCAAACAAUAAAAAAAGUGUUCCCCUUGGAGGAUCCGGGGGGAGACCAAAUUUUGUCGAUCUGGACAUCCCUGCAAAUGCCUUCCUCACAGCUGAUGGAAGAGUAUAUACCGGUGAGAUCACAGCAACCAUUGGGGUGAUUGAUCCUAGAAGCCAGGCAGACAUGACAGCAGCGCCUGGGGAUUUUUCAGCUAUUAACGACAAUGGAGAGGAGGUGGCACUCGGAUCUGUUGGAAUGCUGAGGCAAGUUUUUACAGACAGUAAUGGUAAUCAGCUCAGUCUUGGUAAAAACAUCUCAGUCCGCAUCGACGCUGACCUGUUAGACAUACCCAACGGUGUCACAGUUUAUCAAUGGUACCUGAGCAAGGAAACUGGUCGCUGGGUUAAGUUCGGAGUAUUACGCCCUGAGCAAGGCGGCAGCUCUAGACCAAAGAGACGCGAACGAGCAAGGAAGUUCUUUGUGAGUGAAAUUACACCAAAUGUUCCUUUAGACAACAUCAACUGGGAUUACGUUACUGUUGUCAGUUAUGUCCGAAUCACGGCUCCCUCAGGCACAGUUGUGUCUCGCAUCGGUCUGAGCGACAAUGGGUUACAGUACACCUCUUAUCGCCAAGAUACAGUCCCUGCUAGUGGAACCCUGUGCAUUCUAAGCUUACGAGACAAGCGAGCCAUUCUUCAAGCUGAACGCGAUGGAGCGCCUCUCAUUCCACGACAGCCUACUGGCUUUCCUCUAUUGGUGAACCCUGAGAUCAUUGACGGGUCUUCUGUGGGUAACGUUUUCAAAAUCCAGUCCUUCCGGUUCACUUCCACUAAAGUAGAUGAUCGAGGUCCCAUUUACCUCAGAGGCGAGGAUGGCAGAUGUUCACAAAGAAGAGCAAAUGAUUUUGCUUUUGAAUUCCGAGAUGCCAAUGCAGGGCAAUUGUUCCACUGGCAAAGUAUUAGAAUUGACGAUCCCAGCGAUCCUCGGUUGUGGCAGGUGAGACCUGAUGAGAUUUGUUUUGUCAAAGCACUUGUUGUAGGGACAAAGCCCGACUCAGUCAUAUAUGUGGGAAGCAUUGGAAAAGCUCCUGGUCAAUCUGACGUGGAAUACGGUUACACUGCGGAGAAGAGUGCCACGGUUGGUGGACAGGGUGUGGUGUGCUUGGAAUACCGAUGUAAUGAGGGCUCAUCAGGACAGUACCAGACCCACUUACAAUUCCUCACGCUAACAGGAUCAUGCACAGUUCAGGGGCUCAACAAUGUUUUGAAUGGUGCGCAAAAUCGAUGUACUGUGCCGCCAGCCAGUUCCUCAAGUCAAGAGCACAACUUUUGUGUUCCACAUUUGGUGGGAGGUGACGCUGGGCUCUACUCUGGAGAUACAGGUGUGGCCAAGAACAGGUGUCUUACAGGGAACCAGCAGUACAACUCAGGCCGACCA